UUUCUGGACAACCAGCACUAGUGGAAUUGCCUACAGCUGAAGCUGUACCACUGGUACUUAGUGGUCCCUAAAAUGCACUCACCUGGAGAGCAAAGGAUGCUUCUAAGAAGAAACAUAAAAUGAGUGCAAGGUGGAUCAUCCCUGCAUUUUCUCUUGCAGAUGAUUAUCCUGAAAAAGGUGCUCCAGGACGUUAAUGGAAAGCGUUUGUUUUGGACUAUGUUUUGCUGUUUUGGUGUUUGGAUUGUUAGCAAUCACAGUUAUGGUAUGGGGGCAGGGGUCUUCUUGCUAUUUCUGAGGGGGUUUUUUGCCUGAAUCUUGGUGGCUUGGGUUUUUCUGGGCUGAAUCUUGGUGGUUUGGAGGUUUUUAUGAUGCCCGGUGAGUUCUAGAGAGGGACUUGGGCAGGAGGAAUCCCCAAGCAAACACGCUCAGCCCUUGUUUUCCCCCCCAUCAGGAUUUCUUCUUCCCAAAGCUUGGGCGGAUGGAGGAGGAGGCUGCGAGGAAGAGGAAGAUGCCUUGGGCCCCCCAGGCAGGCCCCGAGCUGAGGACGGAGAGCCCGGAGGACAAAUCCCCCCGUGAGACCCUGGUGGGAGAGGCCGUUUUGAAGGGCUCCAUGGCCCAGGAAGGCAGUGGGGAGGAAAAGGGCCGGAGAUACCCCAGGAGGAGGAGCUACAAAACCAGCCCAGGGUGCUCUGAGGAGGAAAGACCCAGCCUGUGCUGGGAAGGUGGACGGAGCUUGAGCCAGAGCUCAGACCUGGUGGAGCCUGAGCAGCCUCCCAGCAGGGAGAAGCCAUUCAGGUGCUUGGAAUGUGGGAAGAGCUUCAGGCAGAGCUCCCACCUGCUCCGACACCAUCACAUCCACACUGGGGAACGGCCCUACACGUGUGAGGAAUGUGGGAAAAGCUUCAGACUGAGCUCCCACCUCCGCACACACCAGCUCAUCCAUACCAGGGAACGUCCCUACCAGUGUGGAGAAUGUGGGAAGAGGUUUCACACCAGCUCCAAUCUCCUCCUGCAUGAGCGGAUUCACACAGAUGAGAAGCCCUUUCGCUGCACCGACUGUGGGAAAGGCUUCAAGCAGAACAUCCACCUCAUCACCCACCGGUGCAUCCACACAGGGGAGAGGCCCUACAAGUGUGGGGAGUGUGGGAAGACCUUCACCAACAGCUCUAAUUUGACCAGACACCAACAGAGCCACCAAUAAGAGAAGCCCUAUCAGUGCCCCAACUGCGGGAAGAGCUUCGGCGCUGCUUCCACCCCGAAUGAAGCCCCUGAUGUGCCUUUCGUGUAG